AUGUUUGUGAUAAAAAUUUCUUUGAGUAUUAUUUAUAGCUUGCAACUUUGUAGCACGAUAGACGCAGAUGAAUUUAAAACGAAAGAUACAAUAUUGAAGUUAAAUCCAGUCGAAUUAUUAGAUCUUGUGUUGGAAGAGCAGCUAUCUGCUCACGGUCGAACAAAACCUAUUAUCGAUGUAAACGAUAUGGGUUGUACAGAAUACGACCGAGAUGACAUUAUAGAAGGAACAGACUUUAUAGAGCAUGCCAAUAAAGAUGAAGAAAGACUUAAAGCUCGUAAGGUAUGGAGUCGAUGGAGUAAGUGGAGUGGGUGCUCAGUGAGUUGCGGAGAAGGCAAUAUAGUCAGGUGGCGUGUGUGUGUGGCGGGACGGUGUGCCCUUAACGAACGCGAAGAACAACUGCGUCCAUGCACUCGCGCUCCGUGCAACGAUCCUAUAGAUGACACGCAUGAUAGUGAAUAG